AUUUAAUGUAUUAUUACUAAAAUGCCCCUGUUCACUAAUAUUCACCAAUCAAAACCAUUCCAAUAAUUUCACCAGGAUAAACUACAGCAAUUUAUCCAUAACCCAAAGCUUAAAUUUUUUAAGCAUAAUCAUAAAUACAACCAACAUAAUCAUAUUCAAAUGUUCGAUAUAUGAAAAACACUUAACCAUUAAAAUAAUCAGCACUUAGCUCCUUUUAACCAUAUAGACCAGAUCCAGAAGUAGAAAAGAUCAUUUCAAAAUAUACUGCAACUUCUAGAAAUUCUUAAAUUGAAUAGCCGGUGACUCAUUAACCAUCAAAUAGUAUUCACUAAAAUCCAUAAAACUAAUUUAAAUAAAAAUAUCAAAACAACAAUGAAGAAUUAGAAUUCAAAGAUAUGCAUAUAGACAAUAAUACUCCUUUACAUUUUUAAUUUGAUGAAAUUAAAUAAAGAAAACCUAAUUUAGGAUAGAAGAACUAUUCACCAGAUGUCCAUGAAUUUUAAGAUUUCAGUCCCUAAAAAUAACAAUAAGUUGCUCUUCCAGAAUAAAAUGAUAAAAUUGUUAAAUUAAUAGUUUCUGGUAUAAUUGUUUUAUUAGUUUUAUAUAUCGUAUUAAUCCUAGUACUUAAAUGA